AUGGCGGGCCGGGGGCGGCCGCUGCUGCCGCCGUUGAAGGCGCUGUCGGUGGCGCUGGGCGAGGCGUCCUGCGGCGCUCAGGGCUACCGCGGCGGGCAGGAGGUGUCCGGGCAGGUGUUGCUGGAGCUGGCGGCGCCGCUGAGGCUCCGCGCCCUCCGCCUCGAGGCCUGCGGGGGAGCCCGGGCGGCUUGGACCGAAGCGCCGCCGAUGCAGCCGCUAACGCCGCCUCCUCCUCCGGUGGCGGCCGGGACCCGUCUGGAAGCGGAGGUGCCUUACCUGGAAGCCCGGCGGGAGCUGCUGCUGGCAGGUGAUGAGGGCUUCAUCCUUUUAGAAGCUGGGAAAUACGAAUUCCCUUUCAGUUUUCAACUUCCUCUCCACCCCUUGGCGACCUCUUUCACAGGGAAAUAUGGCAGCAUUCAGUACUUUGUGAAGGUAACCCUGGAGAGCGCCAGCGGCCCCCGUCAGUCGGUGUCGAGAGAGUUUCAAGUGAUCAGCCACAUCGAUGUCAAUUCUCCGGUUCUCUUGAGUCCUGUAAGACAAACUCAAGAUAAAAUGAUCGGGUGCUGGUUCUUCACUUCGGGUCCGGUUUCUUUGAGUGCCAAAAUCGAUAGGAAAGGGUUUUGUAACGGUGAAGUUAUACCAAUUUAUGCAGAAAUUGAAAAUUGCUCCUCGCGGCUAAUUGUGCCGAAAGCUGCCAUUUUCCAAAUACAGACUUACGUAGUUCGAGGGAAAACAAAGACGUUUCGUCAAAUGGUUGCCAACGUGCGAGGAAACCAUAUUGCCUCAGGGAGCACAGAUACCUGGAAUGGCAAAACUCUGAAAAUUCCACCUGUCACCCCUUCUAUCCUUGACUGCUGUAUUAUCAGAGUGGAAUAUUCCUUGGCUGUAUACGUUCAUAUUCCCGGUGCCAAAAAGCUGAUGGUUGAACUGCCUUUGGUCAUUGGCACAAUUCCAUGUACUGCUUUUUCCAGCAGGAACUCAGAUUUUGUCAACCAGCUGGCUAUGGAUAUGAGGUGGCUGGCUCAGGCACUGCCAGAUCAUCCAGAAGCACCACCCAAUUAUGCUGAUAUAGUAUCAGAGGAAGAAUACGCAAGGCAUGUUACUGUUUAUCCGACUUCAGUGGAUUGUGACGAGCAGCUGCGUUGCCCUAUGCUCGCCUACAUCCAAGAAUUCCGAUUUCAGCCGCCUCCUCUCUAUUCAGAGAUUGACCCCUAUCCUACUGAGGUAGAAGACAGUCGGCCGGUUUUACUCAUGGAUUAAGGGUGAUUCCAAAAAGCCUUGGUUUUGUUUGUUUUUUCUUUUGACUGCCUCUUCUUAAAGAAUUUUUUGUUGUUGUUCAAUAAAGCAAUUUAAAAUUGGAGCAGGCACCAGAAGAUCUAAGUCAAAACGAAUUUUGAACAAGAAGGGAAGCGUGGAAGAAUGUGUUAUUGAAGUCAUUGGCCCACGCAACAAAGCCUGGACGUUGUUUUGGUCAGAUACUUGUUAUUUAUUACAUGUUUAUCCCACCCCUCUCCCCUAUAUGUUGACUCUGGGAAGAAAAUAAGUUUAGGUUGUGGUUCCUCUUCUCAUAAUGUUCAGGAUAUUUCAGAGAGCAGUAAGACAACCAGCUACAGGAGGUCUACCUUUGGGAAUACAAAUAUUGGCAUCUGUAUCCAGAUACAAGGAUUUUUGCUCGGCACGAUCAACUCCCUACCCAAGAUUAAGUGAGAUUUUGACUGCGCAGAUUAUUAUUCUUUUCUUUUUUUUUCUGUUAAACACACGGACAUAUCAUUCCUAAGUUUAAUCAUCACAGAGCAAUACUGUGACAUUUUUACCGUGAGUGAGUAACAUUAAAAAUACUCUAUGCAACGUUGCAUAGGCAGAAGCUUGGUCUCAUUGCCAGCUUUGGAAAUUGCAAUUUUACAGCUGAGGCUAGGUUUCAAGAGUCGCUUUGCUCCACACUUCAGAUUUGCUAGACGUUUUUUUGGGCCGCUUCAGCAAUGUGGCCUGAUUGGGCGAGGGGCCAGGACAGCCCAAACUUUCAAUCAGGACUUUCUCAGCAAUUUGAGAUGCCAUGACUUAAACCUCUUAAAGUAAAAACGAUCCUUGGCGCCGUUGUUUGGGAUAGGUAUAGUUUUAUUGCAAGCCAAGCGUAUUGCAGUCAAGCAGAGCCCAAAACUGAAGAGUUGUGCACCAAAAUCCCUAAAUGGAACUUUUCCCUCCCUUUACAGUCUCCCAUCGCCGACACCCCUCAUCAGGUUCAGGCAAGGCGUUUUCAGAACGGUCAGUUCAAGCGUAGGCCUCUUCUCCCAGCUGAGUGACCUUGAAGCAGCCUCUUGGGGAGAUACAUAAGUUACUUUUGAUUUCCCGCAAGCAUCCACCCUUCCCAGAGUUCAUGGCAGACUUUCACCGCAUGGCAGCGAAACACACACGCGUAAGUAGGUAGCCGACAUGCUGCUGCUAAACUGUACAUAACAAGGAUGCUUUUGCACUCUUUAAAAAUUUGCCUAAUGAAUGAUGAAACUCUAUAGGACUAUAUCCAUGGAAUGUUAAUAAAAGAUCCUGUAAAAAUUUUUAAAAAUCCCUCCUUCCUGGAAUGGGAGUUGAGACCAAAAAUAUUUCCCACUGAGGCCAACUUGCCUUUCUUAGGAUUAACAGAAUCCAGAAUAGAAGAGCAUUAUUAACAGACCCAGAUAAUUUUCUGUGAAGUUUUAUGAGAAAUGAAUUAUAGGUACUGUGACACGUGGGUUUAAAAUUUAGCAUUUAAAUUAUUAUGGUGCAAUUCUUUAAAUUUGUUUCUCAGGUCAAGGUGCUUUGCUCUGAGGGUAAAGUCUUAUCUUCUUUCUUAAUUCCUGGACAAUUCUGUACUGUAACCUUUCAGCCUUUGCACUACAACUCACGUCCGGAAAUAUUGCCCCGCAUUUCCAUCCAUAAACCGGUAGUCCUCGACUUAACGACCACAAAAUUUCUGUGGCCAAGCAAGACAGUUGUUAAGUGAGUUUUGUCACAAUUGUUAAGCGAACCACUGCAAGUGUUGAGUAGCACAUUUGUUCAGUGAAUCUGGAUUCCCCAUUGACUUUGCUUGUCCGAAGGUCCCAAAAGGGGAUCCCAGGACACUGCAACCAUCAUAAAUACGAGUCAGUUGCCAAGCGCCUGAAUUUUGAUCACGUGACCAUUGGGGAUUCUGCAACGGUCAUCAGUGUAAAAAUCAGUCACAAGUCACUCUUUUCAGUGCCGUUGGCCACUAAAUGAACUGUUGUAGGUCGAGGACUGCCUGCACUAAAAUCAAUAGUUCUGCAGGGCAAGAAAUGCCCUGUUUUCUUCAUUGGUAGGCCAGAGUGGCCAUUUGCUCUAUGGCACUUCUACCUUGUCUUUGAGCUACGGUGGCGCAGUGGUUGGAAUGCUGUCUAAUUCUGCUGGCUGUUUGCAGUUCGGCAGUUCAAUUCUCACCAGGCUCAAGGUCGACUCGGCCUCCCAUCCUUCUGAUAUCACUUA